CGAAGGGAGGCGAGGCGGGUCCGCUUGGGAGCCUCCGGGUGGUGCCCAGGGGCCGUCCUGAAGUGUAGGGGCUGCCCUUCGGGGCGCCUCAGGGGGCAGACGGCAGAGCGCUCCGGAGCUCGGCAGAGCCGGGGCGCAGGGCGGGGGUCCGGCUGGCAGCUGCGCCCGCGCUCCUGAGCUCGGGGUGAAAGAGGAGCCACCGCCGCUUGUUCUCAAACUUAUCGAUCGGCUGAAAGGUUAUUCCCGUCUAGUUGACACGAGCACUAACGAGGAGCUCUCCCGGCGCACAGCAACUCCUCUGUGACUAACCGAAGAGAGAGAUAAAAGGUGGCCCGGCGCGCUUCCCGGCACGCCGGGCGGGGUGACUUGCUGAACUUGCUGCGGGGUUGAUUCCCCUGGAAGGCUUGUGCCCUGAGCGCGAGCCGUGGUGGCGCCCGGCCCGUCUUUGUAAGGUCCUGAGCGACCGGCGAGCGCCCUUCCCGGUGUCAGUGUCUCGCUCCAUCCUCGGCUCCCGGUCCUGCUCGGGGCCCCAUAACCUUGAAGCUAGUUUGGCCAGGUCCUGAGAGUAUCCCCACGAGCACCUACAGAUUAAUUUUCAACCGAGCCUCAAACCCAAAGAAUCAGUCUCGGUUCAUCAUCAGCGAGCGAGAGCCGAUGCUUCUGGGGAAGAGAAAACAAGUUGGCAUGACCCCUCUGGGAGAUAUUUGUCAUCAUUAACCUGCUUCGGUUAAAUUAAUUCAGCCCAAGAUGACUCCAGCGGUUUUGCUGUGGCUGUGCCAGCGGGAGCCUGCAGCCCCCCAGACUCUCUGGCCGUGCCCUGCCAUAUACUCUUUGGUUCUGUAAGCCUGGACCAGCUGGGAUCCAGCCCUUGGAGAAGUGUGGACCUGGGUGAAGGAGAUACUUUUGGCCAGAUGUACUAAGGGAUGUUUCUGAAAAGGACAGGCGUGUUCAAAGUUACUACAACAACUGAGAAACUGUUUGGUUUUGGAGAGACCAUACUCAGAGGAUGUUGUUUGCUUUUGGUUAAGGAGAAGAGAAUACAGCUGUCGCAGAAGGCUUUGUAAAUAACAAUGCAAUUUGAUUUCCAUCCAUCUUUCUGGUGAGAGUUGGAACUUUUUGCCUCGGUAGACAUGAGCGACCCCAGGCAGUCACAAGAAGAGAAGCACAAGCUUGGCAGAGCCUCUUCCAAGUUCAAGGAUCCUCCCAGAAUCAUGCAGUCCGAUGACUAUUUUGCGCGGAAAUUUAAAGCCAUCAAUGGCAACAUGGGACCUGCCGCUUCUUUGAAUUCCUCCAGUUCCAAUGAGACUGGUUGUCCAGCCAAUGGUACCCCGGCCAUGCCCAAGAUGGGUGUGAGAGCAAGAGUGUCUGAGUGGCCCCCUAAAAAGGACUGCUCCAAGGAGCUGACCUGCAAGGCUGCCCUGUGGGAAAGCCGGGCUCAGACCAGCUACGAGAGUGUCGCAUCCAUUAUGCACAACGGGCAGAAUGACCAGGGCGACGGGCAGCAAGAGGAGCAGCUGGACCUAGACUUCGUGGAGGCCAAGUAUACCAUCGGAGACAUCUUUGUCCACUCUCCGCAGAGAGGGCUGCACCCCAUCCGGCAGAGAAGCAACAGCGAUGUCACCAUCAGCGACAUCGAUGCCGAGGACGUCUUAGACCAGAACGCGGUGAACCCCAAUACGGGGGCCGCCCUCCACAGGGAGUAUGGGAGCACCUCUUCCAUCGACCGGCAGGGCUUGUCAGGGGAGAACUUUUUUGCGAUGCUCCGAGGGUACCGGGUGGAAAAUUACGACCACAAAGCACUGGCCCCUUUCGGGGUCCCUGAGUUUUUCCCCUGCGACCCCGCCAUCUCUCCCAGCCUCCACGCGGCAGCGCAGAUUUCUCGAGGUGAGUUCGUCCGCCUCUCAGGACUAGACUACAUGGACAGCGCUCUCCUCAUGGGGAGAGACAGGGACAAACCUUUCAAACGGAGGUUAAAGUCCGAGUCAGUGGAAACGUCCCUCUUCCGGAAGCUGCGGACCGUGAAAAGCGAACACGAGACUUUCAAGUUCAGCUCUGACCUGGACGACGGGCGGCUGGAGAGGGGCGUCCGCCCUUGGAACUGCCAGCGGUGUUUUGCACAUUACGAUGUCCAGAGCAUUUUGUUCAAUAUCAACGAAGCCAUGGCCACGCGGGCGAACGUGGGCAAGAGGAAGAACAUCACCACCGGGGCUUCUGCGGCUUCCCAGGCUCAGGUGCCCGCCGGCCAGUCGGGUGGCUGUGAGUCCCCGCUGGGGAGCAAGGAGGACCUCAACUCCAAAGAGAACCUGGAUGCCGAUGAGGGCGACGGGAAGAGCAACGAGCUGGUCCUCAGUUGUCCCUACUUCCGAAACGAGACCGGCGGGGAGAGCGACAGGCGGAUCGCGCUGUCCAGGGCUAACUCGGCGCCUUUCAGCUCCGGGGAGAGCUGCUCCUUCGAGUCGUCCCUCAGCUCUCACUGCACCAACGCGGGCGUCUCUGUCCUGGAGGUGCCCCGGGAGAACCAGCCCAUCCACAGGGAGAAGGUCAAGCGCUACAUCAUCGAGCACAUCGACCUGGGCGCCUACUACUACCGCAAGUUCUUCUACGGCAAAGAGCACCAGAACUACUUUGGAAUUGACGAGAACCUUGGCCCUGUGGCAGUCAGCAUCCGGAGGGAGAAGGUGGAAGACCCCAAGGAGAAAGAAGGGUCCCAGUUCAACUACCGGGUGGCUUUCAGGACGAGUGAGCUGACAACACUGAGAGGAGCGAUUUUGGAAGAUGCCAUACCCUCUACUGCCAGGCAUGGGACUGCACGGGGACUUCCCCUCAAGGAGGUUCUGGAAUACGUCAUUCCGGAGCUGAGUGUCCAGUGCCUGAGGCAGGCCUCCAGCUCACCGAAGGUCUCAGAGCAGCUGCUUAAGCUCGAUGAGCAAGGGCUGAGCUUUCAGCACAAGAUCGGGAUCCUCUACUGCAAAGCUGGCCAGAGCACAGAGGAGGAAAUGUACAACAACGAGACGGCGGGACCAGCUUUUGAAGAAUUCCUUGAUCUGCUGGGCCAGAGAGUGCGGCUGAAAGGAUUUAGCAAAUACCGGGCUCAGCUAGACAAUAAAACUGAUUCUACUGGAACGCACUCCCUGUACACCACGUACAAAGACUAUGAGCUCAUGUUCCACGUGUCCACCAUGCUUCCCCACAUGCCCAACAACAGGCAGCAGCUCCUGAGGAAAAGGCAUAUAGGAAAUGACAUCGUGACCAUUGUCUUCCAAGAGCCUGGAGCACUUCCUUUUACUCCCAAAAGCAUCCGGUCCCACUUUCAACACGUCUUCGUCAUCGUCAAAGUGCAUAACCCGUGUACCGAGAAUGUGUGUUACAGUGUUGGAGUUUCUCGAUCAAAAGACGUGCCACCGUUUGGUCCACCAAUUCCCAAAGGCGUAACUUUUCCAAAGUCAGCAGUAUUCCGGGACUUCCUUUUAGCCAAAGUAAUCAAUGCGGAAAACGCAGCCCACAAGUCAGAAAAGUUUCGUGCGAUGGCCACUCGAACGCGGCAGGAGUACCUGAAAGAUCUGGCGGAGAACUUUGUCACCACCGCCACCGUGGACACCUCUGUGAAAUUCAGCUUCAUUACCUUGGGUGCAAAGAAGAAGGAGAAAGUAAAGCCGAGGAAGGACGCCCACCUGUUCAGCGUCGGGGCCAUCAUGUGGCACGUCAUCGCGCGGGACUUCGGCCAGUCCGCCGACAUUGAAUGUCUGCUUGGGAUUUCCAACGAGUUCAUCAUGCUGAUUGAGAAGGAUUCCAAGAACGUCGUCUUUAACUGUUCCUGCAGGGAUGUCAUUGGCUGGACCUCUGGAUUAGUGAGCAUCAAAGUGUUUUACGAACGAGGGGAAUGUAUCCUUCUGUCCUCCGUGGACAGCUGUGCCGAAGACGUGCGGGAAAUCGUCCAGCGGUUGGGAAUCGUGACCAGAGGCUGCGAGACCGUGGAAAUGACCCUGAGGAGGAACGGGCUGGGCCAGCUUGGCUUCCACGUGAAUUUCGAAGGCAUUGUUGCAGACGUGGAACCUUUUGGUUUUGCGUGGAAGGCCGGCCUUCGCCAAGGGAGCCGCCUUGUGGAGAUCUGCAAAGUGGCCGUGGCCACACUGACUCACGAGCAGAUGAUCGACCUUCUCCGGACAUCUGUGACUGUGAAGGUGGUCAUCAUCCAGCCCCAUGAUGAUGGGUCACCUCGGAGAGGGUGUUCAGAGCUCUGCCGGAUCCCCAUGGUGGAGUACAAGCUGGACAGCGAGGGCACGCCCUGCGAGUACAAGACCCCCUUCCGGAAGAACACCACAUGGCACCGAGUGCCCACGCCCGCCCUGCAGCCGCUGCCCAGGGCCUCCCCAGUCCCCGGCACACCCGACCGGCUGCAGUGCCAGCCGCUGCUCCCGCAGAACCAGGCCGCCAUCCCCCGCAGCACCUCCUUUGACCGGAAGCUGCCCGAUGGCACCAGGAGUUCGCCCAGCAACCAGUCAUCCUCCAGCGACCCCGGCCCUGGCAGGAGUGGACCCUGGAGGCCACAAGUUGGACACGACGGGUGCCAGUCUCCCCUGCUACUGGAGCACCAGGGCUCCAGCCCUUUGGAAUGUGAAGGGUCCAGGGAUCGAGAGGAUACGGCUGAAGGAAGCAGACACUCGGAAACCAAAUGGCACGGCCCACCUUCCAAAAUCUUGAGUUCCUAUAAAGACCGAGGCCUGCAGAAGGACGGAGGCUGCAAAGACUCCCCCAACAAGCUCUCCCACAUUGGAGAGCAAAGCUGCUCCAGCCACUCCAGCAGCAAUACACUGUCCAGUAACGCCUCCAGCACCAGUGACGACAAGCACUUCGGGUCUGGGGACCUGAUGGACCCAGAGCUCCUGGGGCUGACCUACAUCAAAGGCGCUUCCACGGACAGCGGUAUCGACACAGCCCCAUGUAUGCCUGCCACGGUCCUGGGCCCUGUGCACCUGCCUGGCAGCCGGUCCCUGGUCCAUGGACGGCCAGAGCAGUGGGCUGAUGCCGCUGACAUCCCGGGGCCCGAUGAUGAGCAGGCCAAGCUGUACGCUGUCCACAGCUAUGUGCCGGCCAUCUCCACCAGCGGGGCCACUGAUGGCAGCCUGGGCGACCUCAGCGAGAUCUCCUCCCACUCCAGUGGCUCCCACCAUUCAGGAAGCCCCUCCACUCACUGCUCCAAAAGUACCGGGUCUCUGGAUACCUCCAAAGUCUACAUCGUGUCUCACAGCAGCGGUCAACAGGUCCCUGGGUCCACGACCAAGCCCUACCACAGACACGGAGCAGUGAACAAAUUCGUCAUCGGCUGGAAGAAGUCGGAAGGCAGCCCGCCGCCCGAGGAGCCCGACGUGCCUGAGUGUCAGGGGCUCUACGGGGAGAUGGAGCUCCUGUCCACGGCGGUGCCACAGCAGACCGUGGUGGGCGAUGCUGUUCCGGAAACUCAGCACGUGCUGUCGAAAGAAGACUUUCUGAAACUGAUGCUUCCCGACAGCCCCUUGGUGGAGGAGGGGAGGAGAAAGUUUUCCUUCUAUGGGAAUCUGUCCCCACGGCGCUCGCUGUACCGCACCCUCUCGGACGAGAGCAUCUGCAGCCAUCGGAGGGGGUCUUCCUUUGGCAGCUCCCGAAGCUCCAUCCUGGACCAGGCACUGCCCAACGACAUCCUGUUCAGCACCACCCCGCCCUACCACAGCACGCUGCCCCCCCGCACCCAGCCGGCACCCAGCCUGGGGAGCCUGCGCAAUGAGUUCUGGUUCUCCGAUGGGUCCCUAUCAGACAAGUCCAAGUGCGCAGAUCCUGGCCUGAUGCCCCUCCCAGACACUGCCAUGGGGUUAGAUUGGACCCACCUCGUGGAUGCUGCCCGGGCAUUUGAAGGUCUUGACUCAGAUGAAGAACUGGGGCUGCUCUGUCACCACGCGUCCUAUCUAGACCAGAGAGUGGCAUCCUUCUGUCCUCUGGCAGAUAUGCAGCAUGGGCAGGACCUGGAAGGGGCCCAGGACCUGCCUUUGUGCGUUGACCCUGGCAGUGGCAAAGAUUUCAUGGACGCCACUGGGGUGCAGUCUCCGUCCACCUUGACUGGGAAAGUCAACCAGCUGGAGCUGAUUCUUCGACAGCUGCAGACAGACCUUCGGAAGGAGAAGCAGGACAAGGCCGUGCUGCAGGCCGAGGUGCAGCACCUGCGUCAGGACAACCUGCGGCUGCAGGAGGAGUCCCAGACGGCUGCAGCCCAGCUGCGCAAGUUCACCGAGUGGUUCUUCAACACCAUCGACAAGAAGCCGUAAGCAGGCCGCCACCCAGCCAGGGGCCCUGAGGGAAGCCUGGAGUCCCUUCACAGUCGCCAACAUGUGGUUUUUCGCUGUGCUUCCGGCCCAUCGUCGCUACGUGUCUGCUGCCCCGCUCUGUCUAGCACCACGUCCCCCGUAGGACAGGGAGCCACGUGUGACCGCAGAGAGCCACGCCCGUGAAGAUGAAUGUAACGCUGGUGUCAAGAUGAAUGUAAACUCUGGUGUCCGCGUGGACCUUUCAGACUCUUCUGAAACGGAGCUCUGGCGUGGGCUUACCUCCCGAGGAAAGAUGGUUGUGUUUCAUCUCCUGUAGAUCAGGUGACCCAGUAGAGAGGUUAAAAGCAAUUCACCAUAGUUUGGGCUUUAGAAUUGUAAAAUAAACAUGAGAACAAAUAAUCAGACGUAUACUUUAAUGUUAAAGGUGCUCUAUUUUUUUGGAUGUACAGUAGUUUUAUUUCCACAGCCACAUUAUCAUAGCAAUAAGAAAGAGGCAGAGGAAAUCGUCAGAAAAGCCCUCCUUGCAGGGGACAGGAAAAGCACUGAUGUGUUGAACACGCUUUCGAAUGCAGUUCCUUUAGAGACAUAUUUAUUUGCAGGAGCAAACGGUGCCUGAAUAUUAACAGUGUUCUGAUUGAAAAAAAAAAAAAAGAUAUGUAUGCCUUGUAAAUGGCUCACUGAGUAGUCACUUCAACUCUUAGUUCACUUUUGUAGAGUUAAUGCUCAGAGUCAACCCGCUAAUCCCUAGAGCUCUCCCAUGUGCCGUGAGCCAGCGGAGCCCCUUGUACAAUGCCAAAUUUGUUUAUCUUUGUACAGAAGCUCUGAUGAAGUGUCUUGUAUUUAACACCCUUAUUUAAGCUUAUUUAACCUUCCAUUGUUAAUUUUAUAAACUUUGGCUGCACCUGCGCUAUGACAGAGGGCGGUGUGUAGGUAGCAGCGGGCUCGGAAAAGGAGUGAGCUUGCCAGAGCAGAGUGAUGAGCGGGGCAGGACCGUCUAACAACUGGAUGCUGCUAGUAACAAGUUGUUUGUAUUGCUUUACCAUUUUUAACUGUUCUAUUUGAGAUGAACGUACAUUUUGCUUUUUUAAUAAAUGUGUAAAAGAGUCCACUCAA